AUGCAGAGACAUAAUUUCAAAUACAGAAGGAAUAUACGAGAACAUGAUUGCUUUGCUAAUAUUGUUAAGUAUGUUCAUGGGCGAACGUGUAACUCAAGUUAUAUCUUAAAAGUUUUGAAGUCAUGCUACAAUGCUUCGUCUGAAGGUAAUUUUUUCAUUUGAAGGUAGACUAUAAAUCCGUUAUAUA